AUGGUCGUGUGUCCCACCCAUCCGAACCACAACAMCGUAGACUUCACAGCUAAUAACACCCUCACCCCCCAGCUCGGACGUCUCACCCACUACGCCUUCGACGCAAUCCUCGUAUCCGCUUUCCUCGCCGGCGUCAAGCGCUCAACAGGCCUCACUCUGAAACCAGAUGCGUUCUCAGAGUCACCGGGUAUCAAGAAGUGGGUGGAGAAUUACUUGUGGGUGGGCGAGACGGUGAUGGAUCAGAGUGUGGCGUUGAUGAGCGCGAGUGGGUACUUUGAACGGAAGAGAUGA